UUUGUAACAUCGCGUUGAGAUUCGAGUGGUGUGCGUUCAUGACUUAAACAUUUUUUAGUUGACAAUUAUGGCGGAACCAAAAAUGUCCAGUGAGGAAAGUGGUUUGUUAUCAAAUAUUGUUCAGGAAAUAAUAACCAGCCCCUUAAAUAUCGCAUUAGUUCUAGUGAUAUCGUUUCUUGUUUAUAAAAUAUUUAAAUCACAACAGGGUGAUAAUGAAAAUGUAAUUCACUUUGAAAAACCUCUUCCUAAAAUGAAGAAAAGGGACUUCACUAUUGAGGAACUGAAGCCGUAUGAUGGAACUGGAGAGGAUGGAAGAGUGCUUGUUGCGGUAAAUGGAAAAGUAUUUGACUGUACUAAAGGAAAACGAUUUUAUGGCCCAGAGGGUCCAUAUGCAGCAUUUGGUGGAAGAGAUGCAUCAAGAGGCCUGGCAACAUUUUCGAUAACCAAAGGCAGUGACACGUACGAUGACCUCAGUGACCUCAGCCCUAUGGAGAUGGACAGUGUCAGAGAGUGGGAGAUGCAGUUUACAGAGAAGUACGAGUACGUAGGCAGACUACUGCAGCCAGGCCAGGCACCCAACAAUUACUCCGAUGAGGAGGAAGAGACAAACACGACGGAGGCCAGUGAGAAGCCCAAAGACGAGUGAACAUUCUUUUGCGUUCCAUCUUUUAUAAGCUACUUAUAGAUUGCUAGAAUUUAUACAGGUUAACUACAAAGUAGAAUGUAAACCACGGUGGUGGCCGGAACACUAUUGUAAAACGCCAUUUCUUUCUUAUACAAAUUCUGUUGAAUUAAGGUUUUAUAAAAGGACUGAAACAAAAUGUCCUCCUUAAAGGUCAUUUUUGGAAUGGAACAUGUUACCAAACAUAAGCACUGUUAUUGAUAGAAAUGUUGCAAAUUAUUGUGUUAACGUUAAUUGGAUGUAAUGUGGUUAUUCAGCGCAUAAUUACAUAUUACAUUGUUAAAAUAUCAAUAAAAUUGUCCACAGCUAAAUAUUAUUGUAUUGAUAGCUUGUUUUAUGUUCUAAAAUUUUUAUUUUUUCUAUUUACGCAAUUCAUUGGUUGUUUUAUGUAAAGUUUAAGUUAAAAUUAUAGUAUAUGAUUGUUGAAUAUGUAUUUUACUCUAUUGUUGUAUAUCUGUGUUGUAAGUAAUUUACUUGGUAAAAUAUUAUUAAUAUUACAGUACUUUCAGAUCAGUUCUUAAUCUUGUUGAACAAAAUGAGCGAAACGUGUUAAAAUAUGUAUUAAGAUAGUUGAUUUUAUGUUUUUAAAUUAUGAAUAUAAAAACAAAAACAGAAUCUAUUUAGGUGAUAAAAUACCUUGCAUUGUAUAAGUGUAUAAAUCAAAUUCAUGUUCUUUAAAUUAAUUUAUUAUCAUGUACCAAAUUGGAGUUUGUAUGUAAGUACUACUCCUAUCGAUUGAAUGUGAAGUAAAAUGAAUACAAAUCCAUUUAUUUAUUCUGUGUACAUCUUUAUGCACCAGUAUUAUAAUCUGCCCCAUACCACACAAUAAAAUCAAAUUGGGUGUCACUGAACGCUGAUAAAUUGUGUGUUUUAUUAUUCUCAGUGUUGAAUGUAUAUAAUGUAUGAAAUGAAAUACAAUCUGAUAUAUUAUAAAAUCUAAAUUUAUGUUGUAAAACGUUUAUUAAUUGUGAUAAAUUCUGUGAAUCCUCCUAAUCGUUGUUAGUUUCGUAUAUGUAAUGGAAAUUUAUGAAUUAAUCUUGGAACAUGCUGAGCCAGUUGUAGCGGGCCAGUUUUAUAACAGCUGUAUUGCUUAUAAGUGGAUGUGUCUUACGAAACAGGCAUUUCACAAUGUGUGAACAGUUUUUGUGAUGGACCUCUCUUUCAUGGGGUUUUGUUACCAAUGCUAAACUGUAUAUAACUGUUCUUUGGUGUAAACAGAAUGCUUUGUUUAUAAACAGGUUGAUUCUUCUAUCUCUUUGAUGAAUUCAGUCUUGGUAGCAUUUGAGGAAACAAUUUGUUUGUAGCAUUUUAUCCUAGUGUACUACGAAACAAUUAUUUUCUAUUUUAAGGUACCCAUUUAAAGACUUAUUUUACAAGAAUGAUUGAUUGAACUUAUUUUAAACAAUAUUAAAAUCGUGGAUUUGACUAUUAUUAAUGCAAAAUGUUGCUUUUUUAAGAUUUAUUGUACAUUCACAGCGAAACAUUCUAUAUAUUAAAUUGUUUGAUUUUUAGUGAAAAAAAUUAUGUGACCUCAAUCUAAUCUGACACAGCCAAAGAGAGAAAAAGCUGUUGAUUAUAAUUAUUGUAAUUGUACUUGAAGUGAUCAAGUGGAUUCUAUCACUUAGCAUUUUGCACUCUUGCCCUUUACUUGAUAACUUUUAUUGUGUUAUCGUUAAAAUUAUAGGCAUUUUGAUUAUGGAUCUAAAUGACCUAUAGAAUUAGUUUUCCUGUCUUUGACUUCUGAAGAAUUCCAUAACAUUUUUAUAAUGAUUUUAAUGUGUAAAAACAUGAGAUUUUUGACAAGUAUAAGACUGAUUUUGUUAGGCUACUAUGAACCCAUUAUAAUUCCAAUAGGCUUCAUUCAAGUGGUUGUUAUUGAAUGUAUUAAAUGCAAUAAUCCAAAAAAUAA